AUGAUCUCCAUCUCACGCCGAUGGAUCCUUACCUGCAUCUUGAUCUGUAUAGCAUUAUCACUCGUCUUCAACUUUCUCGAACAUGAUUCAUGGACACCGCCACCGCCUCCUCCGCCGAUGGAGAACCCUCCUCUACCGCCAGACUUCAGCUGGAAGAACUUGCCCCGACAGUGGCCAUUGAACUCGUCAAUGAUCCCGCUACCGAGCGGACCACCAGCUCAGAUACCAACAAUCCAGUACACAUUCGGCAAGGAGACACCUGUGGAAAGAUUCAAGAGGCAGAAGAGACUGGCAGCUGUCAAGAACAGCUUCAAGCACUCAUGGAAUGGAUACAAGAAGAAUGCUUGGUUGCAAGAUGAGGUUCGCCCAUUGUCUGGAGGAUACAAGAACGGUUUCGGAGGUUGGGGAGCAACGCUGGUCGACUCCCUGGAUACUCUCUGGAUCAUGGACAUGAAGAAGGAAUUCGAGGUUGCUGUCAACGCGUUGAAACACCUUGACUUCAAUAUGUCUCCAUCGCCGUCGAUAAGUGUGUUUGAAACGACCAUCCGCUACGUCGGCGGUCUUCUGAGUGCAUACGAUCUCAGCGAUGAGAAGCAUCCGAUCUUGCUGGAAAAGGCGACUGAACUUGGCGACAUGCUGUAUGCCUCGUUUGACACACCCAAUGCGAUGCCCGUAGUUGGACACUGGAACUGGCUGAAGGCUGCAAAAGGAGACUUGCAAACAGCGCCCUCAAACGCUCUUUCUGCUGACAUAGGGUCUCUUUCCCUUGAGUUUACCCGAUUGACACAGCUCACCGGAGAUCCCAAGUAUUACGAUGCUGUACAAAGAAUCAUGAUCGCAUUCGAACAAUCACAGAACUCAACACGACUUCCUGGAAUGUGGCCAGUCUCUUUAGAUGCUCGCAAGUUGGACUUUACCAAUGACCGGAUAUUCACACUUGGUGCUAUGGCCGACUCGCUCUACGAGUAUUUUCCAAAGCAAUUUCUCCUUCUCAAUGGCAGGGACAAGCAGACCCAAAACAUGUAUGAACAGAGUAUGGCUGUGGCAAAAGAACACCUGUUCUACAGACCACUCAACCCUCAGAACCUCGACAUCCUCAUUUCUGGCUCCACAAGACAGAUUGGUGCAAGCUAUGACCGGAAGAAUGAAGGCCAGCACCUGACGUGCUUUGUCGGAGGUAUGGUCGCUCUGGGCGCAAAAAUCUUCAACGCCCCAGAAGAUCUCAAUACAGCAAGACAACUUACCGAUGGUUGCGUUUGGGCAUACGAGGCAACCCCGAGUGGAAUGAUGCCUGAAAUUUUCGAAGCCAUUCCCUGCACCGAUGACGAAGACUGCAAGUGGACCGAAGAAAGAUGGCACAAAGGCCUCGUACUGGCUGUUCACCGAGUCCUUGACACCGCCACGAGAUCUUUGAAAGAACAAGCGCAAGCACUCAUCGAGAGAUCAAGACUUCCGCUCGGUUUCGCCAAGAUCGUCGACUCUCGCUACUACCUCCGUCCAGAAGCCAUUGAAUCGGUCUUUUACAUGUACAGAAUCACUGGCGACAAGUCAUGGCAGGACAAGGCAUGGCGUAUGUUCCAAGCCAUUGAUUCGCACGCCAAGACAGAUAUUGCGUAUGCCGUCGUGCAAGAUGUGCGUGACGAGCAAUCACAAUUAACAGACACCAUGGAGAGUUUCUGGACAGGAGAGACACUCAAAUACUUUUACCUCAUCUUCAGCGAGCCAGAUCUUGUGAGCUUGGAUACCUGGGUAUUGAACACAGAGGCUCAUCCUCUGCGCAGGCCGCAGAUUUGAGUAACACAAUAGACCUAACUGCAUAUAUUACAC